AUGGCCGCCGCUGCCUCUCCCACCGACACAGUCUUCCCCAGAAGCCAUGUCGGUUUCGACAGCAUCACCUCGCAGAUCGAGAAGAAGCUGCUGAAGCGUGGCUUUCAGUUCAACGUCAUCUGCGUUGACUGGUCUAGGAAAAUCGACCUUGAUCAACACCAUCUUCGCCUCUCACGCUCAUUGACUCAAAGGGUCGUCGCACCAGACGAGCCUGUCCGCUCGACCACGGAGAUUCAGACUGUGUCACACAUCAUUGAGGAAAACGGUGUACGCCUGAGAUUGAACAUUGUUGAUACCCCUGGAUACGGAGACCAAGUCAAUAAUGACAGAUGCUGGGACCCUAUCGUCAAGUACAUCAAAGACCAGCACUCCGCCUACUUGCGCAAGGAGCUUACUGCUCAGCGUGAACGAUAUAUUCAAGACACCAGAAUCCACUGCUGUCUCUUCUUCAUCCAACCAUCUGGACAUGCCCUAAAACCAAUUGAUAUCGUCGUUCUCAAGAAAUUGUCUGAUGUUGUUAAUGUUGUGCCCGUUAUCGCCAAGUCUGACUCCCUCACCCUGGAGGAGCGCCUUGCUUUCAAGGAAAGAAUCAAGGAGGAAUUCACCUUCCACAAUCUCAAGAUGUAUCCUUACGACAACGACGAACUUGACGACGAGGAGCGUGCUGUCAAUGCGCAGAUCAAGGAUAUCAUUCCGUUUGCUGUUGUCGGCAGUGAGAAAUCUAUCAUUGUCGAUGGAAAGCAGGUCCGCGGUCGUCAGAACCGCUGGGGCGUGAUAAACGUUGAAAAUGAAAACCACUGCGAAUUCGUCUAUCUCCGCAACUUCCUCACCCGCACUCACCUUCAGGACCUGAUCGAAACCACCAGUCAGAUACACUAUGAGACUUUCCGCGCUAAGCAGCUUCUUGCUCUGAAGGAGAGCAGUGCAACCGGCCACUCUGGAAGUCGACCAAUUAGCCCUGCUGCCGACCGGGAAUUGAGCCGCAACUCCCAAAGAGUGACUAUGAACGGCAACUAA